AUGGAGCACUCUGAUCCAAAAUCCACCAAGAAAGCAAAACACAAAAAGAAAGUGGAUACUGAACCACCUCCUGAACCAGUUCAUGAACCGGUUCAGGUUAAGGUUGAAGUUAUCCGUUCGGAUCCAGAGAAAAUGCCUCCGUUUGUUGGUUAUUUUCCAUCUGGAUUUGAUCCGGUUAAGCAAUCAUCACGUUCGACCGAUGUCCAAGUUUAUAGAAACCAGUUUAUGAGUAAGAGAACUGAGCUUGUUGUCAGCCCUGCUGGGUCGUCGGUUGAAUUCGUCGGAACGAGUUACGCCGGCGAGGCUACCGGACACCGAGGGAUGUAUGCGCUUGGUGUGUUUGAUAAGGAAGCUCAGACACUUAAAGUUGUGCGUCUUGGUGCUAAUAAGAUAUUUAGAUUGGAACCAAGAGUUAAAGGUUUGGAAUAUAAGGAGCCGCUUCCAAGUUCGAUUCCGGUGGAAGAGAUGAGUCAGGAUCAGUGGAGAGCCAAAAGUAGAUUGACUGAUGCUGCUUUUGGAACAAGGAGACAUAAUGAGAUGCGUAAUAAGUUUGAUGAAAUCAGAAAAGAUGAAGAACCUGAAGCUAGAAAGAACCUGGAUGAGAAAAUGAAAAAUGUUGAAGUAAAAGGAAUUGCUCUUGCAAACACAGAAGCUCAUGUCACUCGCCAUAUACCACCAUAUAAUACUAAUGCAACGACACCUCAGGAGGCUUAUGUAUUGGAUAAAAUCAUCCUUUCACUAGAAUGGAAUCACCUUCAAGACAUUUAUUAUCUCUUGCCAAAGGGAGAAGAAGCAGACUUCAGUGGUUACCCAACUUUUGUUCGCAACAGGAUAGACAAAUUAAAGAAGAUUCAGGACGAGUCUGAAAAGCAAAAACUUUGUUGCAUACUCUCAUUCAUCAAUUAUCUUGUCAAGUUCAAAGAUCAGCACACCAUGGAUGGUGUUUCCUCUUCCAAGAAUUAUAAAAUUCCUCACAUUCUGAAAAAUAGAUUUUUGACAUUGUUUGAAGUUUCUGAAACAAGAAGGCUGCCCCCUGAAAAGAUUACUCUUCUCGUGUCUUACGUUUUGGUGCUCACGCUUUUCACGGACGAAUUCAACACUGACUACAAAGAUAUAUCAAAGGAUCUGAGGAUGACUAUAGCACCUGUGAGACAACUGUACGAGCAUUUGGGUUGCAAAUUUGCAAAGGAGAAUGGGUGUUACUAUGCCAAACUUCCUGUGCCUCUUACAUUUCCUCGUAUAAGGAAUUUUAAGAGGAAGAAAAGAAAUUGA